GAUAAUAUAGUGCAAGGACAAAUGGAUUUUAGUUCAUGGGAAGAUGAUGACAUUUUUGAUAGCAUUGAGUCAGACAGUGCACAAGGUGGAAAUAAAUCUAAAGAAGGGGAUGAUGAUGAUGUUAUGAUGGAUCAAUUCGUCGAAGAAGACGAGAAUGAAGAUGAUUUUAUAGAACACGGUCAAUUAAUUGGAGAUGAUGAUGAUGAUGUUGAGGUAAACGGUAAUGAAAUGCAUGAAGGAUCAAAUGUUGUGGCACACGAAAGAAAAAAAAGAGGUCCUACAAUGAUGCAUGCAGUACACGUGAGAGAACAUCGUAUAUCCAUCAUAUUAAAUAAAUUUGGACAA